AUGGAUGACGACGGCCAAAGUACAGCCUCCGUCGAUCGCGACGUCAAACACGAACACCAAACCUCCAAAGACAUGGCCAUGACCGAUGCCAAACCUACCUACAAGUCAUGGAAGAAAAAAUACCGGAAGAUGCGCAUUAGCUUCGACCAAAAAAUGCAGGAAUGCGAGCAACUGCACAGGGAAGAACAAAGGGCUCUUGCCGUGGCAAAGCGCAUUGCUAUUGAGAAUGACCGCAUGCUUGACCUGCUUCUCGACAUGAAUGAGUCGGAUCAGAUUCCCGUUGAUAAACGUAUCAACAUUACUCUAACAACACCUGAUUCGGACGAUACUAUCCCUGAUGCCGAAAACGCUUCUUUAUCAGCUUUCGCAAAGCCCACAAAGUCUUUGGGAGAGCUUCUCAAAGAGGUUCCCCACACGUCGUACGAUCAAGCAAAAGACCGUUUCCCCGCGGCCGUGGCCGACCUCGAACCGUUUCCCGGAGAAUCCCAUCCGCCGACGUUUCUCACUUCGGACGACAUGGACGACUACCUGUACAGCAUCGAUCGGCGAAUUGACGACACAAAACUUCUCCCUACACUAGCCCCCUCUGCCCGCCCGAACGCCGGCUCCUCCCACAUCAACCCCUACACCAGCCAGAACAUCGCACUCCGCAACCCGGUGAGCGUGUAUAACUGGCUCCGGAAACACGCACCCAAGACAUUUCUCCAGGAUACCGAGACGCCCGCAGCUGACGAGACACACGGCGACGAGACUCCUGCCGAUACCAAGCGGAAAAGGCGUCCGGCUAUCGGCACCGACAGCGCCUCCAAGUCGGCCCGCGGCGGUAAGGCCGCUAGGGGCGGGAAACGGCGCACGGCGGCGGACCGGCUGAGCGUCCAGCAAAAGGAGUCAGACGCCUGGGAUGUCAGCAUGGACGAUGACUUGGACAUUUCUUCCUUAUCUACACCCGUCCCGGCCUCGGCACGGGGCGGCGGGAAGCGAAAGCGCGAUGAGGACCCUGGUUACCGCCCCAAGGGGGGCUCGGGUACCCGGCCUGCAAAGAAGAAGCGGAAGAGCGCUGGCGACGGCGGUGAGGUUCCUACACCGACAGCGAACAAGGGUGGCUCGUCGGCGCGGCGGUCAGCUAAGAGCCGGGCGUCGGACGUGCCGAAAGCGAAGGCGGAAAAGGCUGAUGACUGA